AUGUCUGAAUGUACAGUUGGCACGAACAAUGGCAUCUUCAUGGUGGAGACGUUAUCUAAACACAUAUUCUUCGAUAGACUUUUACCCAUCCUACCGAUAGAGUCGUCGCCACGCACAUAUGAGGAAGUAGAGUCGAUGCCAUUCUUCUUAUCGUUAAGAACGUUAAUCAUGAAUGUCGCUAUAUCUCAUGGUCUAGACCCCAUCAUAAAACAGAUCCUGGACUUGACAAACCUGAUAUUACAGGAUGAAACUAUCAUUUCUGCAGCAAUCUCUGACGAGGCAAGAAAUUCGAUCUUGAUCCUGUCACGAUUGUUAAGUGAUACCAUGGAAUGCUGUUGGGAUAAAUUAGAAGAUAUAGAGAGGAAAAACUCUCCCAAGGAUUCUGGGAAUUAUUCUACAAGACAAGAAAAUUUAUUCACUUCAUUUUCAGUGGGGUAUUCCAUUUAUAGGCCAGGCUUUCAUGCAAAUAGACCAAGCCCUUUAAACCCGGAUUUGGCUUAUAAGCUGAUCUCUAUCUGUUCCAAGAUCAAAUUCAAUACAAACACAUUAAAGACUUUACAAAACAUGUCCAAAGAUAUCUUUGGUAAUAACACUUCCUUAUCUCUAAGUAUCCUACCACAAUAUCAAACAUUUUUGAAAAGAAAAGGUUUUCCAACUUAUACGGAAAAGGUAGAUAUAACGGUCUAUUACAUUCAAAGAUACGUGGCGGCUGCAAACCCAUUGGAAUUCUCAAGAUUUAAAAAUAUCAAUGUGUUAAAUCCAUUAUCUUCUACAAACCAUACCGAUUUAGGUAAUGUCAUUCAACAUUUCGAUUUAUUCGGCUGUACUUAUAUUACCAGAAAUAGUUUGGCGAAGUAUUUAAAUUUGAUUAGAAUGUACUCGUCAAAUUUGAAGAGAACAAUAUUUGGAUGCCUAUUAUUAUACUAUGCCUCACAAACCUUGAUGUUUUGGAUUAUGGCAAGACCCAAAGAAUAUACAGAACUUUUCCAUGAUUUAAAAAAAUUCACUGAAACUUCAGGGCAAUUGCCGAAUUUACCUCCUGCAACUUCAUUCUCUCCAACAAACUGUUCCCCUAAUGAAUUUACAAAUAUGACGAACCUUCAAACUUCAAAUAUUCAAACCACAAGUAAUAAUAAUAAUAAUAGCACUAACAGUAAUAAUAACAAUAACUAUAAUACUAAUACAACCAGCUCAACCACACAUUCAAAUAGUAGUUCCAAUUCAUCAUCAUCAACAACUAAUACUUUAAGUAAUCCUACCUUUACAAAUAAUAAUAAUAAUGCUCAGAGUAGUACAAACUCAAACAUUUUUAGUACUUCAAUGAACCUUUCUAAAUCAGAAAUACGAACUCUUUCAAAUACCCAUUCAAGUCCGUCAGGAAGUUCCUCGAUACACCCUUCGAAUGUUUCAAGAAAUUCUUCUAUAAGCUCAUCAAAUUCAAAUGGAAACUCUAUGAUAUCGGCCACGGCAAACAAUUCCAUAGGAUUACAUGUCAAUCGAAUAAAUUCUCAAUUAUCAGAUAAAGAUGGUCCUGAAUUAUUAAAAUUGAUUGCUCAAUUAGUUUCUACGCUUUUUGAUGACAUUUAUUCCACUUUUAACGUUUCAACUUUAUUAACGACAUAUUAUCAAACUCAAACUGGAAAUUCAAAUGCUACAAAUACAUUAUCAAGUCAAACAAAUACAUCAAAUCAAAACACAAGUACAAAUAACUCGCUUUCUACUCUUAAUCUUUCCACUAAUAAUAUUCAAAAUAAUAACAAUAACACUCCAAAUCAAAGAAACUUAUUUUCUACCGCCUCAAAUACUUCCUUAAAUACUGUUUCUCAACAAAUUGGAUCCAGUUAUAUCCCAAGUCAACCUUCACCUUCUUCAAGCACCACCGUAGGUGGAUUAUCUCAAGCUCCGUCAACAAUAUCAAAUGAUACUCCCACAAAAUUACAACAUUCAUCAUCGUCCUCGUCUUCCUCUUCCAAUAUUUCUACUUUCCAAUUCCAAAGUGCAAAUAGUAGUGGAAGCAAUACAAGGAAUCUGUCUUCUAAGAGAUCUUCAAACCCUUUAUCACCUAUAAUGAACUCACAUACAUUCAAUGCCUCUGCUGGGUUUACUGCUGAUCUGCCAAAUAUCCUCUCUCCUCAUAGAUCCAAUAACAACAAUGACAAUGCACAGUCAUUUUCGAGUUCUGCUGCAAGUAGUACUUUACAAGAUAUGCCAUUUCCCACCAUGUCAACCAACACUUUUGAUCCAAAAAAGCAAUCAUCAUCCGCAUCUUCCCAUAAUUCACAUCAUCAUUCCUAUCAUGGUAUUCAAUCAUCUUACUCUAAGAAAAAAGAUAAUAAUGAAACUACAGUCAAAAAUGUUUUGGAUUUAUAUAUAUCUUGUGAUGAUUCUGAAUCUUCUACUCAUAUCUCAGUCCUAAGAUUUCUUUCCAUAUUAUUGAUGCUGGAUACUGAUAUAUUUUCCGACAUAAAUCAAACUUCCUUUAAAUAUAUCCCAAAUGUUGAUAAAACAAACAAAUUUGUUUUUACAGAUACAAAAGAUAAAGACAAAGACAAAGAAAAAUCAACAGGCGGUAUUAAACAUUUCACUCAUGGAUUGAAAAGAUUAACUUCAUUAACACCACAUAAAAAGAAGGCCGAAAAAUUUCUUACUCUGUUAUUAAAAUAUUACAACGGUUCAGUACAAAUCCCACAAACUUCUUUAUUGGAAACAAUGAGAACUUUGAUGACUAUUUUUACAUUAGCAUCCUCUGUCGCAUUAGUUGAUAAAAAUAUUAACUGUGUAAUUUUUGCUCAGAGAUUACUGUUGACUUUAGGCCCUAAUUUAAAAGUGGGGGAAAAAUGGGAAGGCUCAACAAUUCCAUGCAUUACAUCAUGCUUACAGACUAACCCUGCUGUUCUUCACCGUCUAAAAAUUGAAUAUUUUGUUGCUGCCUUAAGAUUAAGACAAAAGGAUUUCUUAUACAAUUUACAAUUAAAGGAAACAGUAAGAAAUUUAGAUUUCAAGAAAUUGAGUUUUUAUACUGAAAGUUUUAGAGUGUUUUUCCAUCCACCAACUACUAUGUUAUGCAGAGCUAAUGUGGCAUCUGAAACAUCUGAAUUUUUUAAAACUUUAUUAUGCACCAUCUCAGAUCUGCUAGGUAAGGAUUUCCCAUAUAUCGAUGAUUUAAAUAUCGCGGAAAUUAUCUCAGCAAUCAUUGAUAAUACAAUAACCGAUAAAUUUACUUAUAACAUUAUUAUAAAAGCAUCUUCCCCGUCUUCAUUACCAUCUAUAACUUCUGUUCCAUCUUCACCCAAUAAUUCCGAUAUAAUAGCUCUAUCCCCCGGUACUCCAUCUAUGACAGAAACAGCUUACCAUGGUACUUCUAAAUUAUCUCAAUCAACAUCAGUCAGUUCUGAUAAUAGUGUAGAUAUAAUGUCUCCACUCCCUCAAUCAGAUUUACCAUUAGGCCAUUUAAUUUCUCCCAGAGCUCGUAGAGUUUCUAAUGGUAAUCCAACUUCUAAGAGGAUAAAUCUUGCAUCCUCACCUGUAGAUUCAGAUAAAUAUAGAACUGACUCAGUUUCAGUUUCUUCUGUAUUAUUAUCAGCGACUUCUCCAAUUUCUCCAAUUCAGAAGGGCAUCAAAUCACCAUUAAGACAAGGGAAACAAUCAAGAACAGAUGAUAAUCUUUCAAAAAUUAUAAGUCAAAGCAUCAGUGAUGUCACUGAAGGAUCUACCCAUAAAAUUAGCAAUAAGUAUGCUAUAGAUGAAGCAAGGGCUAUCAUGGGAAACACUUUUAUGAUUUUCAGAGGAAUGACGAAUUAUUUCUUAUUACCAGCAGAAAAUGACAUUGAUUUAAGAAUAGUUUCAGAAGACUUCAAAAACAUCAUUAAACCAUUCUUUGUUGCAAUUAUUGAUGCAGAUACUGAUUUACAAUUAACUGCACAAUCGUUCAUGUCAGUAUUAUUAAAUCAUAUUUCAGCUUUUAAACCAGAAAAUGAUAAACAAAUUCUGGUUGGAUAUUAUUUGUUAUGCACGUAUUCUGUUACAUUAUUCUGUACUGCUUUAAUGAAUCUAGAUUUACAUUAUGAAAAGCAGGAGAUUAUUAUUGAUAUUUUGGUUAAAUUUUUACAAAUGAAGUCUGAAAUUGCUAAAGCUUCUGAGGAGACAGGCUUUUUAGAUGGAAUAAAAGAGGUUGCAUUAAAAACAUUCAAAUCAUUCUAUGGAACUUUAGGGAGAGGGCUAUUUGUUUCAUUGUAUACAAAUAGAGCCACUAUCCAAAAAAAACUACACAGCGCAUUUGUGGAAUACUGUAAAGAAAUAGAAUUUUAUGAAAAGAUUAUUGGUAUACCAGAUACUGAUUGGAUUGGUAAUCGUAGAUUUAUCGAAUCAAUGUCUCAAGAUAAUUAUGUUGCAUCUGGAUCAGUAGCUUUCCAACGCCAUCUAAGAGGCAACAUUUUAAAGUAUAUUGAACGCCCAAAUGUUAUGUUAUUGGAUGCCAUGGAUCUUAUUUUUAAGAAAUGGUUGAGCUUAACUAAGGCAAAGAGUUUAUCAGCUGAUGAUGCUGCAAACUUCAGAAGUUUAGCAGGCAUUCUUGCUUCAACAUCGGGUAUAUUAUUAAAUAUUACUGAUGACGCUCAUCCAACUUGGAACUUAGAAGAAGUUAGAAAUAGAAUUAUUGGACAGGUAGAUUAUUUUAUCGGAAAACAAUGUCAAUGGUUAAAUAAUUCAGAUCUAUUAACUAGAGAAAAUUCAAGGGAUAUUCUAAGUACUGAAUUACAUCCUCUAGCAUAUAGAAUUUUAUUUGAUAAUCUAAGAUCAAAAAUUGAAAAGUUGAGAAGUGUUGAUUUAUCACAAUCAAAUCAAGAAUUACAUUUUGUAUUAUUAGAACAAAUCAUUAUCAUCAUUAGGACUAUAUUAAAAAGAGAUAAUGACGAGAAAGUUAUCUUCUUGUUCUCCUUAGAUAUAAUUGAAUUUAUUGAUCAAUUAAUUGAAAUAGUUGAAAAGAUAUCCCGUCAUUCCUCUAAAUACUAUAAAGCAAUAAUUCAUCUAUCCAAGGUAUUUAGAGCUAUGAAACACGCUGAAGAUAAUUUAGCAUUAAAAGGCCAUUUCCAUUUAAAAAACAAAUGGUUAAAGUUGGUAAUAAAAUGGUUUGAACGUACUAUUUCCAAAGAACUCGAUCUAGAAAAUUUAUCAAAACCACACAGAGAAAUGAAUUUGAAAAAACGUGAUUCUGAUUUCUUAUAUGUAGACACUUCAAUCGAAUCAUGCAAAGCCUUAUCAUAUUUAACUGAAAAUGUGCCAUUGGAAAUUCCUCCAUCUGUAUCUGAAGCUGAAAUGAAAAGAUCAAAGAAUGUCAUAUUUGGUAACUUUUUCAGUAUUUUACUUAAAGGAUUAAGAAAGACAACAGACCUUGAACAAUUCCCUCCUUCCUUAAAACAUAAGAUUCAUGUAUUAUAUGAAAAUAUUAUUAGCACAUUAACCAAUCUUUCAAAUGCUAAUGUUACAACAGGUUUAAGGUACACUCUACCAAUGGGUAAUUCUAAUAACAGGGAUAUAAGAUUGGCGUUCUUAAAGUUGUUUACAGAAAUUGUCAAUAACUAUUCAAAACAUAAGGAUAUACUUGAGCAAGAGAAAUCCGAUUAUACUAAGGACUUAUUGAGAAUUGUCGUUGGAUCUCCAAAUUUCGUAUUAAAGGCUACUCAAAUUUGCCCUGCAAACGAUAUUGACGAAUAUACCGCAAGCUUGGUCAACUUGUUUGAAAUCUGUGGCCAUUCAAACAUUUUAAUUAAUGUACUAAUUGAAGAUGAAAUUGAUAGGGCAACAAGACAUAUGGAAAUUCUAAGAAGGAAUAGUUGUGCUACAAGAGCCCUUUCUUUGUAUUCCAGAUCCAAAGGUAGAGACUAUCUUUUAUCAACACUAAGACCAGUGUUCGAAUGCCUUUCUGAAGAGAAAGAUUAUUUCGAAAUUGAUAAGUUACAAGCUGAUAAUCCACAAUACGAUGCUAAGAUUCAGUUAUUCAAGAAAUAUAUGACAAAACUGAUUGACUCAAUUUCUGAUUCAGUCUCAGACUUCCCGGAUGAGUUUUUCGCUAUUUGCCAAACAAUUUAUAGAGCUGUUAGACAAAAAUUCCCAGAAUAUGCUUAUGUCGCUGUUGGCUCAUUUUUAUUUCUACGUUUUUUCUGUCCAUCUUUGGUAAGCCCAGAAUCUGAAGAUGUAUUUACUUUUUCACAUUAUCGUCACAAAAGAACCUCCAUUUCUCUAGCUAAAGUUAUUCAAAAUAUAGCCAAUGGUGCUGAUAAUCUAGUAAAAUGGCCAGCAUUAAUUGCAGAGGCAGAUUUUUUAAAAGAAUGCAAUACUAGAAUUUUUGAUUUUUUGGCAGAAAUAUGUGAUCCUCGUCACGAAGUUUCUCUAGCACCUGAAUUUGACAGCGAAAACGUUUCUUUCACUAAGUAUGACUUCGCAUUUUUCCACAAAUUUUUGUAUAUCCAUGAGCUAGAUAUCAGAACAGCCUUGUUUGACGAUAAUCGAUCCUAUGUAGAUAUUACAAAAUUGAAAAAGGUGAUGCUAACAGUUGACAAAUUGUUACAAUUACUAGGACAACCAACUAUGGAAUAUAAAAAUGAAAUUCCUGUAUUUGUUAAGGAAAAAAUGGAUAAAUACCCACAAUUAUACGAAUUUAUGAGUAAACAUGCGUUUAAGAAUACUAUUACUUUGGAUAGCAAACAACCAUUCGUUCAUGAAUCUAUGUCGUCUGAUGGAUCCCCAAUUAUCACUUUAACAUUUAGAAGAUUUGGAGAUGAAGAUUUAGAUUCUGAGACAGUGGUUUACAGAAUAUUUCAAAUAUAUGCUAGGCUGUGGACUACAAAACAUUAUCUGGUUUUAGAUUGUACUGAAUUUGCUCAAAGUGAAAUGGAUAUAUCUAAGACUAUUAACUUAUUCGUAUAUUUGCUACCAGAAGAGGCCCUACUAAAUUGCCAAGGUUACUAUUUCUAUAACAUUACUGAGCAUUUAAUGGAUACUUGGGUUAAACUAUUAGAACAAGAUAACCCAUUUAUGUAUUAUAAAGUUCCACACCACUUCGUUAAUAAUAUUACCGAUCAUGAUUUAGUAAAUUCUUUGGGGUUAAGUGGACAGACAAUUGAAAUUUCCAAAGAUAUUCGUGUUUCUCUACACGAUAUAACGUUAUACAAUGAACAAAAGAAGAAAUUUGUUCGAGUAUCACUAAGAAUUGGUAGUAAAUAUUUCCAGAUUUUGCAUGAAACUCCUAAACAAUACAAAUUUCAAGAGAGUAACGAAUUAAUUUCCUUAAGGUAUAAUGAUAUUUACAAAAUAAGUCAAAUUUCAUCUGUCAACGUAUCCCUUAAUACCGGAGUUAAAUCAGAAUUUACUGUACAAUGUGAUAAUGAUACUAAAUUAAUAUUUUCAAGUCCAAAGUAUUUAGAAAUUGUGAAAAUGUUUUACUAUGCCUUAGCCAAAACUGAGGAAGAAUAUGAAAUUGAUGAAUCUACAGUUUUAACUGCAUUAAAUAUUACUGAUGAACAAGAAGUUAUUGAAAAUAAGGAAACCUUGGCACAAAUAAUUCUAAUUAUCUUUGGAGGGUUUUUUAUCCAUGACGAUGUCAUAAAAAUUGUCUCAUAUAAUCUUUUAGCCUCAAUUCAAAAUGCUUUCAAUCUUAAACUAGGUGUUGUACUUCGUAAUACUCCAGAAGUUCAUGUCCCUGAUGAUCCAAUUUUGUUUUCAAGACAAAUUUCAGGCACAUUAGCAAAGACUGCCCCAGAGCUUACCCCGUAUAUUACCAAACAUAUUUUGAUGAAUAUUGAAAAUAAUAUUAUUCCUAAUAAGCAUAUCCCUCAUUCUAUUAUGGGAUUUUCUUUUUGGAUUCCAAAUUUAUACAAAUAUAUCUACCUGGCAGAUGAAGAAGAGGGCCCUGAGACCUUUUCUCAUAUUGUACGUGUUUUAAUAAAAUUAAGUUUAAAUGAGCCACACUAUACUUCUAUCUAUAUGCAACAUAUUUGGUUCAAGCUGGCCUUAGAUGGACGUUUAACAGGUGCCAUUGUGGAAGAGAUAGUGAAUCAUGCCUUAGAAAGAGAUUCAGAAAACAAGGAUUGGGAACCUGUGUUAAGAUUGUUGACUAGCCUACCAACUGUCGAUAUUACUUGUCAUAUUAUCCGAAGACUAAUGAGGGUAAUUAAAUCAUUUUUACCCUCUUUAAAAUUGGAGGCAUCUACACAGAGUUGGUCCGAAUUAUCGAUUCUGGCCAAAAUUUCAAUUCCAUUAUUUUUUGAAUCACCGCUUAUGACUCAGAUGUACUUACCUGAAGUUUUGUUCAUCAUUUCAUUAUUAGUAGAUGUCGGACCUCAUGAUACAAGGAUAUCAUUCCACUCAUUAUUGAUGAAUGUAUGCCAUUCUUUAACUAUAAACGAAGCAUUAUCUGCUGCACAUAGGUAUAAUUUGGAUCAAAUAUGUGGUGUCUUCUCGCGUCAAAAAUUAAAGUUUAUUUUUGGAUUUAGUCAAGAUAAGGGUAGGAUAUUACAAAAUUUUAGCGCAUCUUCUUUUGCAAGUAAAUUUAAUACCUUGGAAGACUUCACUGCAAAUAUCAUGUUGGUGAUGGAAAAUGCAUAUUAUGCCGAAUCAGCCCAAUGGAAAACAAGAUACAAAAAAUAUUUAAUGGAUACUAUCUUCAAUAGUGACUCCUUUUUGUCAGCAAGAGCAAUGAUGAUUCUAGGUAUCAUGGGUAAGAGUGAUAUGUCGGAAGUGUUGUGUAAAAAUCUGUUAGCUGAAACUAUGAAAGUGAUUGCCCAGCCUCAAGUAUCGGAUGAGCAACUAUUUUUGUUAAUUGCUCACAUUUUCAGUUACAGUAAGAUUGUUGAAGGGCUAGAUCCUUCAUUAUUAUUAAUGAAAAGACUAUUUUGGUUUGCUGAAAGUUUAACUGGUUCACCACACCCGGUAUUAUUUGAAGGUGGUUUAUUAUUUAUGACGAAGUGUAUUAGACGACUAUACAUGUACCAUUUUGAAGACACUGAAAAACUUGAAUUAUUGACACCAAAAUUAAUAAAUGCUCGUAGUUUUGCAUUGCCAUUACUGGAAGAAUUGGAUAGCUUCAAUGAGAUAAGAUGGACAGAAGGAAAUUUCGCUCAUAUUAUCCUAUCAUUAAUAUGUAGAGGUUUAUCUAUUCCAUUUGUUAAGGCAAAUGCGAUUGACUGCUUAGAGCAAUUCUUCAGAAACUCAUACUAUGAGCGUAGAGUUCAAAUUCAUACUAGCCACUAUAUGGUUUACCUCUUUAUGUUGUUCGUUAUUCUAGGAAAUAAUGAAUUUAAUGGUUUGCUUGAUUCCGUUGAAUAUGAAGAUGAAAUGAUUCAGUUAGAUGGCGAGAACAAAAUUCCAAAGACUAUGGCAGAUUGGCUGUCAUCCGAUGACCAAUGCUCAAGACUUGCUUUGUAUCAGAUUGCUGUGUUUUUUAACAGUUUCGUUUCAGAUGAACAGAGUAAAAUCAGAUUUCUAUUAGUUGUAAGAUAUUUAUUACAAACUAAUCCUGUAUGCGUAUUCAGAUUUUACACCAUUAUGAGAAAUGAAUUAAGAAGAAUUUCAUCUUUAGAAUACAAUGUCAACUGUGUUACUAUUUCUUUUGAAAUUAUCGGAUUAUUAGUCAAAUAUGUUGAAUACACGGAACUGGUUAAAUAUAAUCAAGAUAGCAUACGAAUGCUAAGAAAUAGGGGACUUAUUUCUAUUACAAAAAUCAAGAUAUUUGAUCAAAAUUUUGAUAACUUAAUGGUAGGUAUGCAAGAAAAUACAGAUCUUGUAUACCAAAGAAAAAGACUGACUACAAUGAUAAUUGGUCGCAUGGCCUAUGAUGAAUAG